GUGUCUGCAUGUGGGAAGUACGCAGACCUCUGCCGCCAGCGUACCGCAAGGGUAAAUGAUUACGCAGCGACAACAGCGGCUGCUGAUCCAACAGAUACCUCAUCUGAAUCUGACGCAUCAAUUGAUAUCUUUUCUGAAUCUGAAAAGUCAGGUGGUGCCUCCUCUGAGGCUGGUAAUACAUAUUAUUCUUCUGAAUCCGAAAAGUCAGGUGGUGCCUCCUCUGAGUCUGGUAAAGCAUAUGGGUCUUCUGAAUCGGAAAAGUCAGGUGGCGCGUCCUCUAAGUCUGGUAAUGCAUAUGGUUUUUCUGAAUCGGAAAAGUCAGGUGGCGCCUCCUCUGAGUCUGGUAAUGCAUAUGAUUCUUCUGAAUCUGAAAAGUCAGGUGACGCCUCCUCUGAGGCUGGUAGUGCAUAUGAUUCUUCUGAAUCUGAAAAGUCAGGUGGCGCCUCCUCUGAGUCUGGUAAAGCAUAUUAUUUUUCU